UCACACACACACACACACACACACACAUUCGCUCGCGUCUAUGCAGUGAUAGUGACUCUGAGCGGCGCGCGGGACAGUGAUGAUGUGCCAGCGAAGAAUAUUCGCGCUGUAAUAAUUUUCCCGCCCCUAACUUCAGCAUUUCACCAAGAAGCGUUAAGUAAAUUCUAAAGUGAGUUCGUUUAUCCUGUUAUGGAGCAAUAUGCACAGAAAAUGUCUCUGCUGAAGAAAGUGAGGACCGGAGUCGUGGCGAGCGGGUGCAAAUGAUGUGGGCUGUUUGGCUCUUCACUGAACUGUGCACAAGAUCCUAUGGGAUCUACCUUCAAAUAAACACCUCAAUGCCCAGCACCCAGGUAUCAGGCUAACACUGAAACGACCAGAGCUUUGCCCAUCACUUUGAUCAACUUUCCUUUUCAAUGCCACCAUGCCAAUCAUCAGCAACGCCAAUCAUGACUUUAGCAACCUCUCGGUCAGUGACGACAGCAGCUUGGACCACAUCUUUACUGAGAUCCCAGAAACAGAGACCAUCAAGGGAGAGUAUUAUCAGCGCGCUCAGUUCAUCCGCCGAUCAGAAGAUCUGAUUUCUGUAGACCACGGCCUGCAGGCCCUCAUCAACGUGGGGGGUAACCGUUACACAUUCCCUUGGAGUACGCUAGAGCAGUUCCCCUUGACACGCUUAGGACGUCUAAAACCCUGCAGCAGCCCUGAGGAAAUUGCUCGCGUUUGUGACGAUUACGAUGAGGCCUGCCGUGAAUUCUUCUUUGACCGUAGCCCCAGUGCAUUUCGCGUAAUCCUUAACUUCCUAGCAGCAGGAAAGCUACGUAUGUUACGGGAGAUGUGCGCACUCUCGCUGCACGAAGAGCUCAACUAUUGGGGUGUGGAGAUGACCUACAUGGAACGCUGCUGCAAGCGCAAGAUGUACACGCGCAUUGAGGAGGUCGCUGAGCUGGAGCGGCGGGAAGAGGAGCGCCGUCAGCGCAGAAUGCAGCUGCGCCCACCUGUAGUGGAGACACGUUACCGCAAGUUCAUGAACGAUCUUAGGGACAUGGUGGAGAACCCUCAGUCGGGCUUGCCAGGAAAGAUAUUUGCUUGUUUUUCUGUGGUGAUGGUGGCGGUGACAGUGAUCAGCUUGUGUAUCAGCACCAUGCCGGAUCUCAGAGAGGAGGAGAAUAGGGGUUUGUGCUCCCAGAAAUGCCAGCACAUGUUCAUCAUAGAGACGGUGUGUGUGGGCUGGUUCUCCAUGGAGUUUCUACUACGGUUUGUCCAGGCAGACAGCAAGCUGGACUUCCUCCGUGGACCUUUGAACAUCAUCGAUGUCAUGGCCAUCCUACCCUACUACGUGUCCCUUGUCGUGGGAGAAACCCCCACUGACGAAAAUGAGGCACCCUCUGGAGGUAAGGGCUACUUGGACAAGCUUGGGUUGGUACUGCGGGUCCUACGUGCCCUUCGGAUCCUGUACGUAAUGCGGCUGGCGCGCCACUCUCUGGGCUUGCAGACGCUGGGGCUGACGGUGCGGCGGAGCAUGCGCGAGUUUGGCCUGCUGCUGCUCUUUCUCUGUGUAGCGGUGACACUCUUUUCACCACUGGUGCACCUGGCGGAGAGCGAGCUUACCGGAGUACAUGAUUUCAGCAGCAUUCCCGCCUCUUACUGGUGGGCAAUAAUCUCUAUGACUACUGUGGGUUAUGGGGAUAUGGUGCCCAGGAGCAUCCCCGGUCAGGUGGUGGCGCUCAGUAGCAUUUUGAGCGGGAUCCUAAUCAUGGCCUUCCCAGCCACUUCCAUUUUCCACAUGUUUUCCCGCUCCUACCAGGAGCUGAAACAAGAGCACGACAGGCUCUUCAAGGAGGAGUGCGCAGAAGCCGCAGCCGCUACCGCAGGAGUCGUGGACGAGCAGGAUGGAGGAUGGGUGGACUUUCCUCCUCCUAGACUAGUUCUUACCCCUGACACAGAGACACCAGGCUCUGUUGAAGACCUUUCCCUACUCGGGAACGGAGGAGAGACUUCCGGGAAUAACAAGCAUCCGUUACCAGCUGGAGCCUUUUAAAUGAUGCACAACCGUUGUACAGUUCACUAGAUCAAAACUGUUCUUCCAUGCCCUCAUACUGAACCCUUUUGCAGUGGACGGGGUGAAUUUUCACGGACGGCUCUGUCUGAAGAGUUAAAGGGCCUUGAAGCAGUAUUUUGUCUUCCAUCAGCCACAAGCUGACUUCCUCUCAUUUAAGUACUAUUACCUUCAUAUUUACACUGUGGACUUAUGCCAGAUUUAGCACUGCAUGGAAAUCCAUGCAAUAGAAAUAAAAAAUGAAGCUAUGUAGUUUAACUGUGAAGCCUUUUUCCACGCCGUUAGACAUACAGCUGAGAAAUUCAUGUUCCUCAAAUUAAUUAUCAGUCAUUUUUUUUAACAGAUCCAAAGAUAUGCUUUUUUUGUUGACUGUUUUAAAUGCAAGAAUCGCUCUUCCAGAAAAUGUGCACAAUGCAUAUCAUUUUCUUAAUAUAAUAAAACAUUCAAUGGCUCUUGAACAGCUCCGAAAUAAAACAGUAGUAAUCUCAGA